AUGAAGGCAGGAUUUCCUCCUGGUGUGGUGAACAUUGUCCCUGGUUAUGGACCAACUGCAGGGGCAGCCAUUUCCUCUCACAUGGACAUCGACAAGGUGGCCUUCACAGGAUCAACACAGGUUGGCAAAUUAAUCAAAGAAGCUGCAGGGAAAAGCAACCUGAAGAGGGUCACCCUGGAGCUUGGAGGAAAGAGCCCUUGCAUUGUGUUUGCAGAUGCUGACUUGGACACAGCCGUUGAGUUUGCACAUUAUGGGGUGUUCUACCAUCAAGGCCAAUGCUGUGUAGCGGCAUCCAGGCUUUUUGUUGAGGAGUCAAUUUAUGAUGAGUUCGUGAAAAGGAGUGUUGAGCGAGCUAAGAAAUAUGUUCUUGGAAAUCCUCUGAACUCAGGAAUAAAUCAAGGCCCUCAGAUUGACAAGGAACAACAUGAGAAAAUACUUGAUCUCAUUGAGAGUGGGAAGAAAGAAGGAGCCAAACUGGAGUGUGGUGGUGGACGCUGGGGGAACAAGGGCUACUUUGUCCAGCCCACAGUGUUCUCCAAUGUAACUGAUGAGAUGCGCAUUGCCAAAGAGGAGAUAUUUGGGCCAGUGCAGCAGAUCAUGAAGUUUAAAUGUAUAGAUGAUGUGAUCAAGAGAGCGAACAACACUAGCUAUGGCCUAGCAGCAGGAGUUUUCACAAAAGACCUGGAUAAGGCCAUCACUGUGUCUUCUGCUCUGCAGGCUGGGGUGGUGUGGGUAAAUUGCUAUAUGAUGUUGUCAGCCCAGUGCCCCUUUGGUGGAUUCAAGAUGUCUGGAAAUGGACGUGAACUUGGUGAGCAUGGAAUUUAUGAAUACACUGAGCUCAAAACAGUUGCCAUGAAAAUAUCUAAGAAGAACUCGUAAAGAAGCCAACAGAGUGAAAAGAAAUCUUUCAGCAAUGACUACACAUCUCCUAUAGUUACCAGUAUAGUGGUGUUUUCCUUUAACUCUUCUAUUGAUUUCUUAAACAUAAGCGAUUCAUCAGUAUUAAUGUCACACAUAGAAAAUAUGUAGUUUAAUCUGAAAGAAUCAUUAGCCCACUAAUAUGUGACCCCAAUUUGUACCCUAGACUAAAAUGAUAGAUUUAGGUUCAAGCUCUCUGUGACUCUGUCAUGGUCAGGUGCUUUCCAUUGUAGAAUGUUUAGAAUAUCUACUUGGUAAGGAGGACCAGUUGUGAUUUAAGCUCUGUCCCUCAGUGACUCCUUGACCUACUCCAUGUAUACAGUGACUGCAGAGUAAGUUGCUCUGUCCCUGUGGUUAUGCCUACUGAGUGUUGUGAACUGUUUUCUGGAACACCAUACCCAUUUGUCAAAUGAAAUACCUAGCUGGAACUAGAAGGUAAAACUUAAUAAAGGCACACUUGCAUGA